CGAGACACAUCCACCGAGCACACGGCAGCGAGAGAGCACCUACACCGCCAAGGUGUUCUGGUGAUACGAGCGUUGCCUUCUUUCAGAGCAAAGAAGAGCCCCUCUCAAAGAACAUGCCGCCUCGAUGGAGGCGCACCGCGGACGUCUCGCUGUUCGAGGCGAUCCGCUCCUACACGGACGUUUCCGCCUCGUCCUUCCUGGUGUGCGUGGCCUGCCUAAUCGGCGUCGCGGACGUGGGCUGCGCCGUGGCCCUCUACGGGGUGGUCCAUUCGUGGGCCCCGCGGUCGUGGGGCCCGCUGGUCAUGCUGCAGCACAUGUGGGGAGACCAGAACUUCUCCAAGGACACGGCCGACAUUCUGCUGCUUGUGUUCGCGCGGCUGUCGGUGCUGCCGCUGAUCGCAUUUUUGGCGGCCACCAAAGGAAAACCGCCAAACGCGGCUCCCGCGUCGACGGCGAGCGGUGCCGAUAACGCCUCUGAUGGCAACUCUUCCCGUGCCGGACGGGGGCGGACGAACCAAGUGGCUGGGAAGAAGAAACCUUUCUGGCGCCGCGUCUGCAGCUGCUUUGUUUACGGCGAGUCAGCCACAAGUGAAGGAAGAGGAGGCACAAGCGGCCGGCGUCAAGCUCCGUCGUCGGACCUCAACUCUUUGGAGGGGGGGGAGUCCUUACACCUCCCGUUGUUGUCGAGCACCCAUGGCGGGGGCGCGGGCAGGAGCGACGAAGUAAACAGCAUCGGUUACGAAAAUGGUGGCGGGUUGUCCAUCAACGGAGGCGCGUCGGAGGAAAAAUCGGUCGCGAUCGGGGAGGGGGACACGCUGACGAAGACGGAGAUCGAGACAGACGGGGCGCGGAGGGAGCGAGACAAGGAGGAUGCGGAGCGGGCGGCGGCGGGGGCCGAGGCGGCCGAGGCGCUUGCCGAGAGGAAGAAGAGCGCGUUCCUCGUCGUCAUGUUUGCCUUGAGCACGGCGAUGCAGGUGUACACUGGCGUGAAAUGCGUGAGAUUUCGCUUCACGAAGGAGGUUCCAGAGGGACUUCUCAUGGGUAUCGGCGUUCUGUGGCUGAACGCGAUGGUGUGGGCCCUUAACCAGCUCGUCGCCGACGCGACGAUGGAGGAGGGUCUUCUGGAGCCCUCCCUUCACCCUCACAGAUUGUUCCCGGGGUCGAUGGCUGGACAUCGGUGCGACAUAUGUCAGCAGAGAAUCAAGAGUCAAGACGCCAAGGCGUGGAGGUGCAAGCUCUGCGAUUUCGAUCUCUGCCGUUCCUGCUACGAGAAAAAGGACCGCCGCGGCGCAGAAGGCGCGCUAAGGGGGGACAAGGGGUUGCGGGACGAGGAGAACCUGUCGACGCUGACCUACUUCAAGAGGGCGCUCCGCCUCGCCGGCCCGCACUGGCCCUUUUUUAUGGUGGCGUUCGCGUGCCUGGCCAUCUCCAACACCGCCAGGAUAGCGCUCCCGAACUUUCAAGGGGGCAUCUUGGACAAGGUCGUGAAUGGAGAUGACGAGGGUUUCAAGCGCUACAUCGUGCUCUACAUCAUCCUGUCGGCCAUCACGGGCACUAUUGGAAGCGUUCAACGUCUGUGCUUCCGCCUGGCCGGCGUCCGGAUAGCCAUUGGUGCGCGGAACAAGCUCUUUCGGGGUGUCAUAUCGCAGGACGUGGCGUUCUUCGAAGGGACCACAACCGGGAAGCUCACCUCCCGCCUCACGAGCGACGUGAACGCGAUGGUAUCGCCCUGCACCUAUAUGCUCGGCACGCUGUUCAGCAACAUCCUCUUGCUGGCGGGCGGUAUGGUCAUGUGCUUCGUCACGAGCUGGCGCCUCAGCAUGCUGGCCUUCACCACCGUGGGACCCAUCUACCACAUCACCCAGAGAUACGCCAAGUGGAGCCAGCAGUUGAACGUAGAGAUCUACGUGGCAUACGGCGAAGCUAACGGCCACGCGACCGAGGCCCUCAGCAACGUCCGCACUGUCAAGGCCAUGAGCACGGAAUUACAAGAAAUGGCCAAGUACGACACGGCGACGCAAGUUGCCUUGGACAAGGGAGUCAAGGACUCCUUCGGCUCCGCCGGCACGAACGCCAUGUCCAGCUACCUCGACUUGGGGGCAGGGGCGCUGAUCCUGUGGUACGGGGGCAGCCUGGCGAUGGAGGACGACCGCAGGAUGACGGCGGGACGGCUAAUCACCUACCAGCUGUACUGGAACAUGAUCAACAACUCCUGGCAAGCCCUUCUUGGAGUGAUCAGCAGCCUCACGAGGGCGGCGGGCGCGGCGCAGCGCGUGUUCAGCCUCAUGGACUCCCUGCCGGACAUCGACAUCGACAGCGGCCUGCCCCUCGACGACCUGAGGUUCAGAGGGGAGAUCGCGAUCAAGGGGGUGGAAUUCACGUACCAGAUGCGCCCAGACAACAAGGUGCUCAAGGGCGUGGACUUGCACAUUCCUGCGGGAAGCACUUGUGCACUGGUGGGGCGGUCCGGGAGCGGCAAAACCACCCUCGUGCACCUCCUGCUCCGUUUCUACGACCCGCGGGCGGGGCAGAUUCUUGUGGACGGAGUACCGCUGACCGACCUCAACCUCCGGGAGCUGCACCGGAAGACCGCGAUCGUGGCACAGGACACUCAGCUCUUCGCCACGAGCAUCUACGACAAUAUCACCUACGGGCUGGAGGAAGGGGAGUUCACGAAAGAAGAGGUCUACGCCGCUGCCAAGCAGGCCUGCGCCCACGACUUCAUUUCCGACUUCGCGGAUGGAUACCACACACGGGUGGGCGAGAGGGGCACCCGUCUCAGCGGUGGGCAGAAGCAGCGCGUCGCUAUCGCCAGGGCCUUGCUUCGUAAGCCCCGCAUCCUUCUUCUGGACGAAGCGACGUCCGCCCUGGACGCAGAGUCGGAGGCGUCGGUGCAGCAGGCCCUGGACAAGUUGGUCGAGAGGGGCGCCGGCAGCACCACCGUCGUUCUCGUCGCCCACCGGCUGUCGACGGUGAUGAACGCCGACAACAUUGCCGUGCUGGACAAAGGCCGCCUGGUGGAGCAGGGCACCCACGACAGCCUCGUGAGGGCUGGAGGGGUGUACUCGAGCCUAGUGGCCCGGCAGAUUUCUCGUGCGGCGAACACGCUGCAGCAGGAGGCUGAGGGUGUUCAGCCUUCUGGCGGUCCCGUUGACAUCGACACCCUCAUGGACGAGUUGGAAGGCAAGGAAACAGGGAAAGCCGGAGGAGGAGGUGGCGGCGGAAAUGGACAGGGGAACGGGGGUGAUACCAAUGCCGACGUCGGUGGCGAGACCAGAAAGAGGCGUGGCGGUGGCCGCGGUGGACGGGGGCGGUGAUAGGAGCCAGGCUCUAUACUCUUGUUGGUGGCGGGGAAGUUUUGAUGGAGGGUCUCGUCAGGAAAACUGACUUAGGGGUGGAGACCAAGAAAAGUCAGGAAAUGAUGCGCAAAUAUGUUGCGCUUGGUUAUCGGGAAAGUGAGUUCAUUAUGACAUGCCUGUUGUCCUUGGUGGAUUUGAUACCACAGGAUACCAAAAUGUUCCGACAGUCUUUCCCCUUUGUUGCUGUUGUCUGCGUGUUGUUCGACCGUCCCAGCUUGUCUUCCCUUUCCGAUUUCCUAACUCAAAGGUGUAGUCUAAUCCACCAUUUGGGUCAAUGAAAACCACAAUACCAAGAAAGAGCCCGACCAUUCGAGAGAACCAAUUUCGAACCUCUCUCCACGAAGACGAGGAUAAGGUUCAUGUUUUUUUUUUGUUCCUUGAAUAAGGGUAGGCAAAGUGCACAAAGGAAGAAUAUUGUUUGCUCGUGUUCAAGAAAUGUUUUGGGUGUGAAGAUUAAUUUUUCCCGCUAAUUUAGCUUUGAAGUAUAACGUUGUUGGACGUUGUUUUGAAGGACUUUCACGGUUGGUUGUGUCGUUUCACGCUGAACGGUACGGUCGACAAUGCGGUCAAUUUUACUUGGAUGCUGUGCUACCGCUAUUUCAGUGGCGUACAGUACCAGCUGUUUGUCGGAGUGUCAUGUGCCCACUAGCGUGUCAGAUUUUUCCGGGAAAAGAGGGCGGUAUUAGUUCUCGAAGAACCGUGUCGGCCCGGUGAAAGCGAUUCGAAAGCGCACGGUGGUUGGGCGAAAUUAAUGGACUCAAUGUGUCGUCGUACACCAGAUUCGCAAGUUACGAGUUUAGUGGGCUGUUUUGGCGUUGAAAGAAGUAUUUAAUGUCUCGGUCUAGACUACACUAUAGUCUAGGCUUAACUACUCAGGCAGACGCACAUGUGCAGCAAUCAGCAGGCUUCUUUCAUCCAUCGCUCAAUGCUGUAAAGACUUCAACGAACAUGAUAUUUUCUCGAACGGGUACAUAGUCUGUCUGUGACGUCUUUUUUCUAAGAAACGUGGAUUGUGUGGCUGUCGCUGUU